AUGGCUUCCACCUCAGUCGGAAUCAAAACUCGCAUCUGCAUGAUCUCUGAUACCCAUACCGCAUCUCCAUUCUCCGCCUCCGAAACCACUUAUGCCUAUCGUAGCCCUCUCCCCAAGGCCGACGUCCUCAUCCACGGUGGUGAUCUCACCAAGGUCGGCUACAGUGCGGAACACAACACCAUGGUACAAAUGCUCAAAGCUGCCGAUGCCGAGUUGAAGCUUGUCAUCGCUGGGAACCACGACAUCACCCUCGACGAGGAGCAUUUCACGGAUUUCGGCCACAGGAGACAUCGACGGCCCGAAUGGUUCGGUGGGAAAGACAUUGUUCUGGACGAGGAUGAGAAAGCGAUAUUAAGUGCCAUCCGAGGCGACGAACCUCCGAGGAAAGAAUUGUUGCGCAACUAUGCCCAUCGCAUGAAAGAUAUCUACACCAACGACUCGGCCCGCGGUGCAGGUAUCCGGUACCUCGAGGAAGGGAUCCACCGCUUCACGUUAUCCAACGGCGCGAAAUUGACGGUUUACGCCUCACCAUAUCAACCCAUGUACGGUGCCUGGGCCUUUGGCUACCACCGCUCAAAAGACCGAUUUAAUCUGCCCGCCCCCGGCUCGUCAAAGCCUGCGCCGGCAAACCCAGUUCCCGACUACCCUGACAUCGAUAUCAUGCUCACGCACGGUCCGCCAGCGAAUGUAAUGGACUCUGUCGGGUUGGACCCAAAAAACGUCCGCCGAGUGGGAUGCGAACACCUUCUUCGAGCAGCGGGUCGUGCGCGUCCUCGCCUCUAUGUUUUCGGACAUAUUCACGAGGGAUGGGGCGCGAGACGAGGCAGGUGGGAUGCUACUGCACCGGACGGAAUCAGGCAGGAGGAUGUACCCACGGACACAGAUGAUAUCUUAGAUCGUCGCGCUGCUUUUUGCGAUGUCAGUUCUAGCGGUCCACAGCCCUUGCGGGUGGGUGAAGAGACUCUCUUUGUAAACGCUAGUAUCAUGACGCUAACUUAUCGCCCGUACAAUGCACCCUGGCUGGUGGAUAUCGACCUUCCGAGUGCGAAUGCGUAG